AACCACAACGCAUAUGCGGGGAACUAAUUGCAUAUAUAUAGCGCUAAUUCAACUACGAGGGAGCCGGCAGUGACACCUUCGCCUUCUCUCUCCCUUUCUCCCUGCUUUUGGCUUCAUUAUACUUGAUCCAUAUCUGUUUUGUAGUUCAAGAAUCACCAAAUUAACAUCCGAUGGCUUUUAUGGGCUCAGAAAGCGCAUUCUCAUCUUCUUCUUCUACCGUAUCUGGAUUUAAAUAUGAUGUCUUUCUUAGUUUCAGAGGCAGUGACACUCGUAAAACUUUUACAGACCAUCUAUAUGCUGCUCUGAAUCAAAAAGGGAUAUUCACAUUCAGGGAUGAUGAAAAACUUGAGCGAGGGACAUUCAUUGCUCCAGAGCUCUUGAGAGCAAUAGAAGAGUCAAGAUUUGCUGUUGUCAUUAUCUCACAGGACUACGCUUCAUCGAGUUGGUGUUUGGUUGAACUAGCAAAGAUUGUUGAGUGCAUGGAAAAGGAGAGGCUUAUAAUUUUGCCUGUUUUUCAUUACAUAGAUCCUAGUGAUGUGAGGAAUUUGAGGAAGACUUUUGGAGAAGCCUUUGCUAAACAUGAAGAGCUUCACGAAGAUAACAUAGAGGAAGUACAUAGAUGGAAAGCUGCUUUGACAAAGGUUGGUAAAAUUGCUGGGUGGGAUUUACGAGACAAACAUGAGGCAAAAGUUGUCGAAGAAAUAGUUGGAAAGAUAUUGGAUAAAUUGACUUCUACAUACUCAAUUGUUCCCAAGGAUUUUGUUGGAAUAAACUCUCGUAUGGAGGAAUUGGUGAAUUUAUUAGGCAUGGGGUUGAAUGAUGUUCGCUUUAUAGGGAUUUGGGGAAUGGGGGGAAUGGGCAAAACAACUCUAGCACGAGUUGUUUAUGAUAAAUUUCGUCAUCGUUUUGAAGGCAGCAGCUUCCUUGCCAAUGUUAGAGAAGAAUGUGGAAAACAGGGUAUAGUUCAUUUACAAAAACAGCUUCUUUCUGAUACCUUGAUGGAAAGAAAUAUUGAUUUUUCAGAUGUUCAAUGGGGAAGUAGUGUGAUAGAGAAAAGAUUACAUUAUAAAAGUGUUCUUAUCGUUCUUGAUGAUGUGGAUCAACCUGAUCAAUUAGAAGCGCUAGUAGGCAUGCGAGAAUGGUUUGGUCAAGGGAGUAGAGUCAUUAUAACAACAAGAAAUCAACAUCUAUUGAUCGGACAUGAUGUGGCUGAAGCUGAAAUAUACAAGGCUAAGGAAUUGAAUAGUGAUGAAGCUCUUCAACUAUUUAGUCGAAAAGCCUUCAAGAAAGACCAUCCUUCAGAAGGUUAUGUGGAGUUGUCCAAGAAAGUGAUAUGUUAUGCUCAAGGCCAUCCUCUAGCUCUUGAAGUUCUGGGUUCCUUCUUGAAAGGUAGAGACCUUGAUGCAUGGGAAAGUGCCCUAGGUAGACUACAAGAAACUCCUCCGAAAAAAGUUUUGAAUACACUCCAGAUAAGUUUUGAUGGCUUGGAAGAAACAGAGAAAAAAAUAUUUUUAGAUAUUGCUUGUUUCUUCAAAGGAGAAGACAAAAAUCGUGUAAUAAAUAUACUACGAACUCCCUGUUACAAGCCAAGCAUUGAUAUAGAUGUUCUUGAGGAAAAAUCUCUCAUAACCAUCUCAAAAGGAAAUUUGUGGAUGCAUGAUUUACUUCAAGAUUUGGGUCGGCAAAUUGUUCAUUGUGAGUCCCCUGAACAGCCUGGUUGUCGUAGUAGGUUGUGGCACAAGGAUGAUGUCCUUCAUGUACUGAAAAAUAAUACAGGAUCAGGAAAAAUCCGAGGCAUAAUGUUGCAUUCGCCCCAAUUAGUAAAAGUGCAACUACACACGGAAGCUUUCAAAAAGAUGGAAAAUCUGAAAUUUCUAAUAGUUGAGAAUGUACAUAUUUGUGAACCACUUGAAUUUCUUCCCAAUAGUCUAAUAUUUCUUAAGUGGCCCAAUUAUCCUUUUCACUGGCCAUCUGAGUAUUUUCCUGAACAACUUGUUGCUAUUGAGAUGCCAGAUAGUCGCAUUAGAUUGCACAGUUCUGAGAACCAUACGGUCCGAUCGCGGUUCGAGCGGUUUUGUGCUUUUUUCGUUCGGGGGGUUCUUACAGUUACAAGAACCGUAACCAAGAGUGGUUCACGGUUAACUGGGUCGGACCAUACGGUCCGGUCCGAGUUUAAAAACCAUGUUAGAUUGCCAAAGCUAAUCACGCAGGGGUGUCGGUUUGAAAAUUUGGUAGAUGCCAAUCUCAGUGAUUGCGAAUUUAUUACGGAAUUACCUAAAUUAUGGGCCCCAAAUUUAGAGAGUUUGAAUCUCCUUGGUUGUAAAAAUUUAGUUAAGUUAACUGAAUUGGAGGCCCCAAAUUUAAAAUACUUAAACCUCUGUCAUUGUGGAAAUUUAGUUGAGAUUGAUGAAUGCUUUGGAUCUCUUGAAAACCUUACAGAAUGGUAUCUCAAUGGUUGUAGCAAACUUCGAAUUCUUCCAAGCCAGCUCAGGUUGAAAUCUCUUUAUCUUUUUAAACUUACUGGUUGCUCAAGCCUUGAGAAGCUCCCUAAUUUUCAUCCAGAAAUGGAAUGUUUAAAGGAGUUAUGGUUAACUGAGAGUGGUAUUAGAGAGGUGCCUUCAUCAAUCGAGCAUCUCACUAAUCUUGAUGAAUUAAACCUUCAACGGUGCAAAAACCUUCGGGAUCUUCCAGAUAGCAUUUAUAAAAUGCAACAGCUUCGGUUAUUGUACAGUCCUACUGCCAAAUUGAGACCGACGUGCGAUUCUUUUGAUGGCUCUUCCGGGUUUGUGAACAUGACAUAUUUGAGUCUCCAGGCAUAUGAAGAUUUCCCAGAUUAA